AUGUUAGAUAUUCAUGAGACGGAAAACUUUUCCUCACUGACGAUGUGCUACCGCCGGAUUAUAACUCAGCUAGGAGAAAACCCGCAAAGGCCGGGACUGCUGAAGACCCCAGAACGGGCUGCAAAGGCGAUGCUGUUUUUUACAAAGGGAUACCACGAGAAUCUUUCAACCAUAAUUAACGGAGCGAUAUUUGACGAGAGCCACGACGAAAUAGUGAUUGUAAAAGAUAUUGAAAUGUACUCAUUGUGUGAGCAUCACCUCAUUCCGUUUAUUGGAAAAGUUUCGAUUGGCUAUGUUCCGUGUGGCAGGGUAAUCGGACUGAGCAAGUUGGCCCGUAUCGUGGAGAUGUUCAGUCGGAGAACGAUUAACUACCCAAAUCGCGAACGCAAUAAUGACGGCUGUCAGUCCGCGGGGCGUCGGUGUCGUCAUCGAAGCGAUGUAUACGCGGUAUUUCUAAUUCAACAUAUAAACUUCUCAUCGUUUAGGCAUAUGUGUAUGAUUAUGAGGGGUGUGCAGAAGAGCUUGGCAAAAACUACCACCAGCAGCAUGCUCGGGAUUUUCAAGGAAAAUCCCGGAAUGAAGGAAGAGUUUCUUUCCUUAGUGAACAGUUGA